AUCAACAACAAAGUUUUCCAAACCCCCUACUCAAGAUAACAUCAGAUUUAUAUUCCACAACCGCCCAAUUUAUGGUUUAAUAAGAAAUUGGACGCUUUUAAAGAGUUUUAAACACUUUUCGACUGCUUUAUAGUGAUUUUCAUGUAGGGGAGCAAACCAAAUCCGGUUUGCAUUGUUGUGGUUUAGCGGAGAGACUGGGAACUCCUUGCCGUGGAUCGGGCCUGUUUCAGCACAUAACCUAUUCAAGGUGCUUAAGAAGUCACAAUGUCAAUUUUGGGUCUGAAGAAGAAGCAACCGAAGACUUUUAAAGUCAAAGUCAGCACCAUGGAUGCUGAAAUGGAGUUCAGUUGUGAGGUAAAAUGGAAAGGGAAAGAUUUGUUUGACCUGGUGUGUCGGACCAUUGGUUUGAGGGAAACGUGGUUCUUUGGACUUCGAUACACAGUGAAAGACACCUAUGCCUGGCUGAAGCCUGAUAAACAGGUUUUGGAUCAAGAAGUUCCAAAGGACUCUCCGAUCACAUUUCAUUUUCUUGCCAAAUUCUUCCCUGAGAAAGUUGAGGAUGAGCUUGUUCAGGAAAUUACUCAGCACCUCUUCUUCUUACAAGUCAAAAAGCAAAUACUAGAUGAGGAGAUAUUUUGCUCUCCAGAAGCCUCUGUUCUUUUGGCAUCGUAUGCAGUUCAAGCCAAGUAUGGGGACUAUGAUCCAAACUUUCACAAGCCAGGUUUCUUAGCUCAAGAUGAACUCUUGCCCAAAAGAGUGCUGAUGCAGUACCAGAUGACACCAGACAUGUGGGAAGAGAAGAUAACAGCUUGGUAUGCUGAACACAGAAACAUCACAAGGGAUGAAGCUGAGAUGGAGUAUCUAAAAAUAGCGCAGGAUCUAGAGAUGUAUGGAGUUAGUUACUUUUCUAUUACACAAAACAAGAGGGACACAGAGCUGCUUCUUGGAGUUGAUGCUCAGGGUCUUCACAUCUACAGCCCCAACAACAAGCUCAGCCCCAACAAAUCCUUCCCCUGGAGUGGAAUCCGAAACAUCUCGUACAGCGAGAAAGAGUUUACUAUCAAACCAUUGGACAAGAAAAAGGAAGUUUUUAAAUUCUACUCCUCUCAGCUCAGAGUGAACAAACUGAUCUUACAGCUGUGUAUUGGGAAUCACGACCUGUUCAUGAGGAGGAGGAAAGUGGAUUCCAUAGAGGUCCAACAGAUGAAGACGCAGGCCAAAGAAGAGAAGGCCAGGAAAAAGGUUGAGCGUCAGAUUCUUGCACGGGAGAAGCAGAUGAGGGAGGAAGCAGAGCGAGCGAAAGAAGAGAUGGAGCGUCGUAUGUUCCAACUACAGGACGAGGCUCGAAUGGCCAAUGAAGCUCUACUGCGCUCCGAGGAGACGGCCGACCUUCUGGCAGAGAAAGCCCAGAUCGCAGAGGAGGAGGCCAAAUUACUGGCCCACAAAGCAGCUGAAGCAGAACAGGACAGGCAGAGACUGGAGGUCACAGCCCUCAAAACCAAAGAGGAGAAGAGACUGAUGGAGCAGAAGAUGAGAGAAGCAGAAUCCCUGGCGGUUAAGCUUGUUGAGCAGUCGGAAAGGAGACUGAAGGAGGCAGACCACCUGAAACAGGAUCUGAAUGAGGCUAAAGAUGCAGAACGGAGGGCAAAGCAGAAACUCCUGGAAAUCACCAAACCAACAUACCCUUUAAUAGCAGCAUACUCCAGCCCUCCUCCACCCACUGGGCCGGAGAGUCCAGAUAUGACUGUAGACAUGGGCGGCUCCAUAAGAAUGGACUUCAAGGACUCCGAUAUGAAAAGACUUUCCAUGGAGAUUGAGAGAGAACGGCUAGAGUACAUGGAAAAGAGCAAACAUCUUCAAGACCAGCUGAAGGAGCUCAAAUCAGAGAUUGAGUCCCUGAAGUUGGAAGAGCAGCAACAGGCUGGACUCUACAGUCUCAGGAGUUACGCUGAACCUCCUUAUAUUCCCCACAGCAAUAGAAAUUCUGCCUACAUGGCUCAGAUGGCCUUCUACGAGGAAGUGUGAAAGAACAAUCCAGUCUCUGUUUCAGGAGCAGGAGGGUCUGGAGGAGCAGUUUGCAGCUAUCACUGGUGCAUGCAUGUACACCAAAAAUGCAGCAACCUCAUACUGUGCUUUUAAAAUUAAUAUAUUUCUUUUAUGUUUUUGACUCUUGCAAUUUGGUUUUGUGUACACCUCAAGUCAUGUUUUACUACUACCACAAAUUGUUUGGCACUUUCAAGCACAUGUGUUUGUUUGUUCACAUGCCAAAAAUAUUUGCUGGAAAUGCAAGGUAUUAAGGGACAUUUCUGAUACAGAUAGUGCCUUUAGAAUGAUCAAAUCAUUAAAUGAUGAACACAAGCAUGUUAAUAAGGUUGGAACGCCACCAGAAACACUAGGACAUAGAAAGUAUUUCUAUUACUUUCUCCUAUUCUUUUCCUAUGGGAUGCUUGAUCAGUUUAACACUAGGUGCCUUUAACACAUGCCACAGAUAGUGGUUUUAACUACAAUAUCAACGAAUGUCAAUUCAUUUGAUGUAUUUGCAUGUUUUGAACUGUGGAUUGUGUUCUUAUUCUUUUGGUUUGUUUUUCUUUGGUGCUUUUUGAAUAUGUAGAUGAUUGAUAUUUUCCAGUACACUCCAGUGCCUUUUGGAAAAGCUUGCACUACUCAUUGGGCUGAAUGAUUCUCUACCGUUGCACUCUUUCUCGCGGUAUGACUGGUCGUAUAACCCGCUCGACAAGCGCGUCAGCUGUAACUACUCUAUCAUAUUCAGGAACAGAGGUAGAUUGAUGGCCUCUCUGUUUAUAAAUGUGCUGUACUCACCCAUUUUGGCUGGAGACUCUUGAGUGUUUUUUUGUUUUUAGUUGAUAUAGGCAGGCACAGGCAGAUUUAUUGGUUUAUCUACCGUUUUCUGUUCCUAAAUCAACUUAUGCUUGGACUUGUUAUGGUUAUGAUCCAUGUUGCCAUUUCAGCACAUUUACAUCUAACAUUUCAGAUCUUGCCCCCCGCCCCGCCACCCCGUCAGAAUGUCCUUUGUUUCAAAAUGCAAAAUGCAAUGUGUCCAAUUACACAGGACAUAUAUUUUGCACUUGCUUUUAAAUGUUUUGAAUGCUGAAAUGUUGAUGCGAGACAAACCUGCACGCUCAUAUAUAAAGGGAUGAGUUGUUAAUGAUGUUGGAGGAGUUUUAAGGUUGUUAUGCCUCAUUAUGUUACAGCGGAUUGUGCGUUUAGCAGCAUUAAUGGAUUUUGGAGCAAUAUCUUUUGUAAAUAUACUACAUGCAUUGCUAAGUCUUAGUUUAAGUAGUGCCAGACCUUCCUGUUAUCGUCAGCAUGACUGUGCACAUUAGCUUGAAAUGUCUUAAGACAGAGUGACUUCACAAGGUAAUUGUUCAUGUUUUAAUGAAUGCCACAACCAAGUUUGUGUUUGUCUUUAUCCAUCUGCACCACAUAAAAAAGCUUGUUUUUGGAUUUCAUAACAUCAUUAUCAACAAGGAUCAUUUUCACUCCGUGUUUGAUUGAAACACCUAUCACAGCACAAGCUGCCUUUGUUUAAUAUGUGUGCCAUGGGUUCAGACACAGAUUGUCCAUAUGAAUGUGGACAUAGAGCAAUCUCAUGUGCAGUGAAUUGUAAACCGAUAUACAAAUAAACUGCAAAGAUGCAUUUAA